CUUUGCUAUUUGUGGGAGACUCUGGCAUUUCUUUUCCUGGUGAACCAGUAGCCUGUAAGAUUGAAUACAACACACAUUCGUUAUAGACAUGUUAUACCAGUCACGACACCAGCAAUACCUCACUUCAGUCUGGUAGAAGGAGGGAGAAGAGUCAUGGCGGAGAAGCAGUCACAGAGCAAAACGGCGGGUUUGAAACCAUGCCUUACAAGCAGUUCCUCGGAGUUGUUUGCGGACUCUCCCAGAAGAAUACGAGUGUUUGACUGCCGCCCUGAGAAAAAACAAGUCAGGGAUGAGGUCGUGGACGCCUCAGCAAAAAGUCUUGAGGAGUUUCUUGAGGAUGUGUCCAAGGUAUUUUCUGUUGCAAAGAAGGAAACCUAUGUUUUAACAACAACAGACAGACAAGUAAUCGAUGAGAGCGUUUUUGAUAAACUGGAUGAUGGCAUCACCCUACAGCUUCUGCGCACUGCAGAUCAGGAGUUGCCAGCAGCAACCCAGGAGCACAUUAAGUAUGUGCCCCACUACUACACGCUGGUGCAGAGCGGCAUGUAUGAGUACUACGCCAGCGAAGGGCAGAAGUCACUCCCCUAUGCUUUUGCAGAGCUCAUUGACAACUCUCUCUCGGCAACAGCUAAAAGAGAAGGAAAAAGGAUGAUUGAUAUUAGACUGUUGUUUGAUGAAGGCCAGGGGAAGCAUGCUGUGGCGGUGAUCGAUAACGGCUGUGGCAUGACGUCCAAGCAGCUGAACAACUGGGCAGUUUACAGGCUGUCCAAGUUCAACCGGGAGAGCAGUGCUCCCCACCACAGUGAUCAUGCUGGAUACGUGCGGCCGGAUCCAGUCCCGAGGAGUCUCAAUAGUGACAUUUCCUUCUUCGGUGUGGGCGGAAAGCAGGCAGUGUUCUACAUUGGGCAGUCUGCACAGAUCAUCACAAAGCCAGCAACGUCCCCAGACGUGCAUGAGUUUGUCAUGUCAAAAGAGGACUUUGAGCGCAAGGCAAAGAACAAGGAGGACAUCUACUGUGGUGUGAUCAGGAACAGAAAGGCUGGUGACAGUGCCCAUAUUGUGGCCGAAGAUGAGCUCUUCCUGCGGUCCCUGAUCGCAGAGGAGGAUGGCAAGGACAGUUUCACGGCGGUGGUCAUUACUGGUAUCCAGUCGGACCACAUCACCUACCUCAAGCAACACUUUCACCUGUGGACCAGAGAGUUAGCCCACAUCUAUCAUUACUACGUACAUGGUAUCCAUGGAAAUGAACUAUCUCAAUCCUCCAAGGAUAAUCCCCCACAAUCUGAUGUUGACAUUCAGAUCACCUUGAUGGAGAAGGGCGGUAAGCAGCCUCGUCGCGUCAACCUGCGCGACAUCACCACUGACAUGCAGACGCUCUACAUCAAUUCCAGCGCGGCCUCCUUUGAGUUCCGCGUGCAGGCUCAGGGGGAGGCGGCCGUGGAGGGGCUCAUCAGAUACCACCCCUUCCUGUACGACCGCGAGACCUACCCUCAGGACCCCUACACCAGCACAGGUCCGGCUGAGGAAGAAGAUGAUGAGUGUUUGGUGUUGAACCCAGAGGGGCGAGGGAAGAGGCCCAUCUUCGAGUGCUUCUGGAACGGCCGUCUGAUUCCCUACACCACUGUAUCAGAGUUUGAGUGGUGUGCCCGGCAGAAGAAAGCGGCAGCAGUGCCGGCCGAGUGCUACAAUCGCAUCUCGGGUGUUCUGUUCACCAACGACUGCUUCCCUGUCAGCACCAAUAAGCUCACGUUCAUGGACCUUGAGCUGCAGCUUCGCGACAAGGACACCAUCUUCACUCGUGUCAUCAAUGGGCAGGACCAGAGAGUGAAAAUCCAGAGGGAGUUCACUUCUUGGCUGAAGGAAUGUCAUGAACAGUUUGACAAACAGAUCAAAUUCAUGGGGUUCCAGGGUGUGACGUCGCGCACUGACGUGAGCACCAAGAGGCUACAGCAUCCCUGGGCUCGCUUCAGCUCCAUCAAGUGGGACGGCAAGACCUACAAAGCCGGCCAGCCUGUGAAGUCAAUCAAGACCCUUCCUCUGUUGUUCGGCACGAUUAAAGAGUUCCUGUUGUAUGGGGACCACGAAGGGGAUGUCUUUGCCACUGGAGGCUAUGUCCAGAUUGCCCUGCAACCAAAGGAGCUGUAUGAUGAGGUUCGCACCAUUCCCAUUCUCAAGAUUGACAGACAGGCCUCCGCUGCAGCCAUCAAGAGAAACAUAGAGGAUGAAUUGGCCAAGCUGCCUGUCCAAUUAAAAGUGACCUGGCCUGAAGGGACCCCGUGGUCUGAGUUUGAAACAAGGCCUGUUGGCAGUCCACUGGGGCCCAUCCAAGUGGAGAUCCUGAAUAAGCGAGGCGAGGGCAUCUCCAAGCUGCCUGUGUGUGGCAACGCUGCCGGACGCAAGUUUCUCAUGGAACUCAAAGUCAUUUGGCACUCCCCCAAAGGAGACAUUCAGACCAAUUCCCACAUUGGUGUGUACUCAGCCAAAUGGGACUACUGGUUCAAGAAGAUGGAGAAUCUGAAUAAGCUGGGGAAGUACACCCUCCACCUGCAGACGAUGCUGAAUGAGAACAACGCCACGACCUGGGCGGGGAAACAGCUGCCAUUUUACAGCCUCAGCUUUGCCUUAAAAGAGGGCAACGCUGAUACAUUCUCAGUGGGUGCCUUGGCCACCCCUCUCCAUGUGGGGGUGCCAUUCUCCCUCUCGCUGGAGCUGAAAGAUGAGUUUGGUCACCCGGCGCCCCCACCACCUGACCUGAAGCCCAAACUGGAGUGCAGCACACUGGAAGUGACCCAUGAGGGAACUUCAGUCAACGGAACCACGUUCACCAUCAAGGGCGUCAGAGCCCGAGGCUCUUUAACAACCAAGGUCCACACAUUGAAGGUUGUGUUGGAGGGUAUGCGUUAUGACUCCCAGUCGGUACAAAUCAACAUGCUCCCAGGUCUACCGCACAGCCUGCGGGUGCUUCCAGACUCGGAGCCGAUUACCAUUGAGAACCGGACCGCACUGGGCUUCAAAGUGGAGGUGCUCGACGUGGCUGGGAACAUCACCACACACAACAAACUCAUCGUGCGCUGCCAGCUCGUGGGUGUGCCAGAAGUGCCCAUGGAGGCGGUAGACUGCAGCAACACAGGCAUGGGCCAGCUCAUGAGUAAACCCCUCCAGCUGAAGAACGUCAAGACAGAGCAGUUGAUCACCGUCAUGUUUGACCUUCCUAACCACCAGAAGGUGAAGUGUGUGGAGCGUAAGGUGCGCGUGCUGCCCAGCCGCAGUGUGUCCCGCGUGGAGGCGUAUCGCCUGGAUGCCGACUGCGACGCCCCCAUGGUACUGAUCAACAUGGAGCGCAUCGACUGGACCGCCGGAGACACGCUGGGGAACCUCUUCUACAGACUCUACGACGAGGGGGAGAAGGAGAUCCCCAUCAGUCCAGAACUGGCUCAGAAGAUGAAGGUGAAUUGGAGUGCCAACAUGAAGGGUGUAGAUGUAGCCAAAGGCCGUCUGCCCCCUGUGUGUGUUCCCACUCUGGCCGCGGGGGAGCAGUUCUACCAGGUAGCCUUCAAGGGACAGCCCUCAGUGGAGACCUCCUUCAUCAUCGUACCGCGACCUGAUGAACCAGAGUUACUGAAGGCGACGCUAAAGGAGACCUCUGUCCGACUAGGAGAUGUGCUAUCUGGAAACAUCUAUUUAGAGAUUACCGACCAGUACGGCAAUAAGACGGAUGCCCUGUCUGCAGAAUCUGUGAAAACUAUUACAGUGAAAGCUGAAGGACUGGACACCUCAUCUUUAUCCAUCAAGUGGCAGAACAACACACAGUCAGUGUGCAUCAGUGGGGUUCGUUUCAUAGACGGUGCCCCAGGACAGAGAGAUGUGCGUUUCGCAUGGCAGCGAUAUGAGGAGUUUGCCCGCCUCCGGGUCAACCCAGGACGUCCAACCAAGAUCACCAUUGUGGAUGGACCAGAGAUGCCUGUGCAGGUGCUGAAUGGUGAAGGUGUGGACAUGCCGUUUGUCCUGCAGCUGUGUGACGAGUGGGGAAACCCCAGCCCCGACCAGAGGGUGGUCAUCGCCGUCAUGGCAUUGUCACCGCAACUCAAGGUGAAGGCAGCAGUGAUGUCUCAGCCUGUUAAUUCAGAAGGAAAAGCCACUUUCACAUUGACACAAAUUUCAGCACCAAAAGGCGAGUAUAAAUUGGAGUUCGGGGCAGGAAUGAACAGUAAAGGCAUAUCGUCUUCAACCGUGCUGGUGAAUGUCCUGCCAGACCCCUGUAAACCAGUCAAACUAGCCGUGGAGUACGACACCAGUGCCUUCCUGUUUGCUGGUGGGAAUUUUCCAGUGUUUACAGUAACUGUGUUAUCGGAAGAUGGAGGGGCGGUGCGGGGCAUAAACCCAGCCAGCUUGUCCAUGUUGCUGUGGAAGGGCCAGGCUUCUGGUCAGCAGCCUCCAGCUGAGGCCUUGACCCUGAAGUGCUGUAAGCCGAAGAAGACAGAAAAGCAAGACUGCCUCUAUUUCAGAGAUAAGGUUAUACCAGAGUGUGCUGGCAAAUACACUAUCCAGUUUGCUCUUUCCGCUGACAAGCACAAAGUCAUUUGGAGUAAGCAGUACACCAUCGGCGUGAUCCCCACCAAGACGGUGAAGCUGGCCCCUGAGGACCCCCCAGCCACGCCUGUCGUCUCCAAUAACAACGUCCUGGCCAAUCGCACACUGGUGCAGAGCCUCUGUCUCAAGAUCAUGGACGAGUACCAUAACCCUGCAGGGGAGGGCUGCUCUGGCCAGGUGGUGGUGUCCCUGAAGAGCCCAUCAGGAUGCAGCGACAAGGAUCUACCUCUCUUUGAAGGCAAGGUCUCCCGCCCCUCCUACCCGCUGAAAAAUGGAGAGUCCCUUAUUAAGGACCUUGCACUGGCAGAGAACAGUCCUGGCCGCGAUGGAACGGAGUACAUUCUGGUUUUCCAGGCCAAUGUCCUCGAGCUGCCUCCCUUUGAACUGCCCUUCAGAUUUUACAACGACGUGGAGAACCAGAGGCAGAUGUCGGCCCUCAGCCAGAAGAAGGAUCGCCUCUCGCUCUCCAUCGACGUCUACAACAGCCUCUUCGACACCAACCGACAGCUCAUCUCAGAACUCAAAGGGCAACUUCAACUGGCUGAAGGCAAAGAAAGGCAGCUGAAAUCGGAGCUCAAUAAAAAGGGCCUUACCAGCUCACUCAGGGAUAUUGCUGCAAUCGAUGCCCAGAUCCACCAGAAGAGAACGGAGAUGGAGCAGAUUCAGAGGCAGCCACGGCGGACAUGCAGCAUUCCCGACCCCUUCAGAACAAGCCCCGACGUCCUGGGAAAGGUGGCCCACCUGGCAAAGGUGGAGGAGGACGACGCUGCCAAGGUCAUCUCCUGGCAUCUCCUAGGCGACAUGGACUGUGUGGUCACUGUGACUACAGUGGCGGCACGAAAGAUCUACGACGACACACAGGGCCGGCAGCAAGUCAUGCCCCUGGAGACAGUCUUCUGGAAGAGCAACACCAGGCCUCUGCCCCACAUCAGAAACGGCAUGACCAUCUUCGCCCCAGUUGGGAAUCCUGUUUUCGCUCGAGACUUGCUCAUCUACCCACAGUACGCUGACAAAUGCCAGAUGGUGUUUGGAAGCCUUCUGGGGGACACCAUCCUCAUUGACGACCUGGACUCUGCCAACCAUUAUCGUAAGGGGGUGGUACAGAGUAAAAUCCAGUGUCCCACUCUGUUGACGCGCCAAGGCGACCGCAUCCGAAGCAACGGGAAGUUUGGAGGUCUGCAGAACAAAGCUCCUCCCGUAGAGAAGCUGAGGGGUCACGUUUUUGGAGCGCCGAUCCCCAGGGACUACCACGAGGCCAGCGGUCACGUGGAGCUGCUGCAGCAGUACCGCGUGGCCCUGGAGAAGAGCCAGAUGGUGCGCUCGGACUACGAUGCUCACGUGCAGUACCUGCAGAGCCCCGAGAUGCGGCAGAAGGAGCAGGAGCUCAAGGAGCACAAGAAGGAGCUGCAGGACAUUGAGAAGCAGCUGGCCAGCACUCCUGUCCGGACCCCUCUCAAAUCCGUCGUGAAACGGCCUCGUUCAGAACCGGAGCAGUGCCGAACUCCGUCGAAGAGGGCACGCAUGAAACCCUGCAGGCUGCUCGAUUAAGGUGAAUGACAACCCCAAGAAGAAGGAGGGGCAUCAGAAGUAUUAACUGUUACAAUUUUUGAAAAUGUAUAUAUAUUUUUAUGUUUCUGUUUUAUGAAUAUGAUUUAUAUCCCUUAAUUUUAAACUGAAAUGUGAAGGAUGUCCUUUCUAAGAAAGAUCUUGCUUUGCCUUUUAUUGCCUUGUUUUAUAUGUUAAAAAAAUGAUUAAUUUAAUGUACUAUUGAAUGUAAAAUCCUGCUUUGUUGUCAGAAGCCUUUUUUCUCACUAUGGAGUGAAAUAAAGGGACCAUUUCUUUCUCACAGA